AUGUUGCAUCUACCGAAGCGCGCCAUUCCUGGCGCUUUUUCUGUGCGCACAUGCCUCACCCCGGGCUUUCACAUUCAGUCAACAGCAUCCCUAUCGACGUCCUCGAGCAAGUCGGCCACUGCGCUUGAGCGUCAAGGGCACUCAGGCCAGCCACUCACGGCAUCUGGCAAGGUGCGAAGGGAGGUGCCUUUGCCAAGUCAGGAGAAGAAGGAGGGUGCGAUGCAAUAUGUCCUAACUACUCUCGAUCAGGUGACCAACUGGGCUCGCCAGAGUUCCUUGUGGCCGAUGACAUUCGGACUUGCAUGUUGCGCUCUUGAGAUGAUGCAUUUGUCAACUCCCAGAUACGAUCAAGACCGCCUGGGAAUUAUUUUCCGAGCUUCGCCUCGUCAGUCAGACGUCAUGAUUGUCGCCGGUACAUUGACGAACAAGAUGGCACCUGCUCUUAGGCAAGUUUAUGACCAGAUGCCUGACCCGCGCUGGGUUAUUAGCAUGGGUAGUUGUGCAAAUGGUGGUGGUUACUAUCACUACAGCUACUCGGUCGUCCGAGGCUGUGAUAGAAUCGUGCCUGUUGAUGUCUAUGUUCCAGGAUGCCCGCCUACAUCCGAGGCUUUGAUGUAUGGGAUUUUCCAACUUCAAAAGAAAAUGAGGCACACAAGAAUCACACGCAUGUGGUACCGUCGUUAG